AUGAGCGGUGAAACUUGUGAAGUUCCCAUUAUGCUUAGCCCAGACAGAAACCUCACAUACGAGGAUAUCGCGAAGCUCAAUCCCUUCUAUGAAGAGUACAGAGCCUUUUGGACUGAUUCCCCCGGUCUUACCGAUACCUCGUUCUCCUCGGAUGAUUCGUCCAAGGCUCCCUCUUUGCAAUCCAAUUAUUCGGGUUCUGACCCUUCUUCUCUUCCUUUCGAAAUGCCUGCAUCGCCACUGUUUCAUAUCAAGCCUCUUCCUGCCGUUCCAGUUGCGGAAAAUCUCAGGGUGGCUCUUCAUACUCACAGUGAAUGCAAACCUACCUAUGAUGAGUACCAUGGACGUCAGGUCAGCCAGAUGGCAGUCGUGGAGGUCGAUGAGCGGCACCCGUCAAAGGCUCCGACUGUAAUGAACGACUGUGACAGUUUCCACGAUGACGACGACGCAGUGACGCCUGAUCCGGUUGACCUUACGCUGGGCCGGACUAGGUCCUCGCACAAGAAGCUCUUUGGAGAGAACGGUUGGCUUGGCUGCACCGCUGAAUUGGGAACUCCACCCACCAACAGGCUGAGAUACAAGAGCUUGAAGGGCCUAGGAAAGAAGAUUAAGCAACAUGUCGAAGAAAUUGCUGGUGACAUGGCCAGGGUAUAUCCAAAUCCAUUCCACACCUCUUACGAACCGAGGGUGGUACCGGAAUUGACUAUUCCCGUUUCUUUUGAUCCCGAGGUGCAGGCGAAGCUGUAUUCUGAGAUGGAGGUCAUGAUCUGUGUUAGUGCAAACAACUUCCUUGUCCAGCAAUACAAAGACGGCCGCAUAUCCAAAGACUCAAUCAAGAAGGUCGCCAACUUCUGGGGCUCCAAAAACAGACCACAAGUCGCGGAAUUCCGCUUUGAUCAAGCCACUCAACGACGGCUAAUCUUGUCCAAUAUUCGAACCUUGCACUUCAGCGGCGAGAGUUCGACGAACCCAGUGCUUCUGAAUUCGAACCUACACAAUUGGAAAGCAAUUGUCAAAGAGAUGAGUGUUCGGACUUUCUGCGCUCCCGACAGCGUCAUCCGGAAGCACAUGCACGACAUCCAGAAGCUUCUUGACAUGUUAGGUGCACCGGCCGAUACAUUCCUCGCGUUCGAAGACCUGCAAGUGCGAACACUAGGUCUAAUGAAGGAGCAUUGGGCCAAGAAGUACCUUGCUCAACACGAACGUAGUCCAUCCUUGUCGGGCCAUCAAUCGCGUUGA